GGCAAGAGGUACGUCCGUUUGAUCUAUCACUGUUACUGUAAAGAAAGUGUUCAGAUUAUGAGAGAUGACUAAUUAACACCUGUAUUGAUAAUUUCCUGAAUUAUCUUGUCCAAACAGAGAAAACCAAAGAUUUCAGCCUCAAGGAAGCUGAUGCUCAAGAGUCUCAUGGUGGCAAAGGCCAAAGAGGAACUAGAGCAGGAGAUCCUAGUCAAAGAGGAGGAGAAACACAGGUACCUGGCAGAGAGAGCUCCUCCUCUGAACACCAGUGGCCUGAGCCUCGGACAGCUACAGGACCUGUGCAGAGAGCUUCAUGCCAAGAUAGAUGUGGUUGAUGAGGAGCGAUAUGACAUUGAAGCCAAAGUCAUGCUCAAUACACGUGAGAUUAAAGACCUGAACAUCAAGGUUUUGGACCUCAGGGGGAAAUUCAAGAGGCCUAAUCUGCGGCGUGUUCGGGUGUCAGCUGACGCCAUCCUUCGCUCGCUGCUGGGCUCCAAGCACAAAGUCUCCAUGGACCUCCGAGCCAAUCUCAAGUCUGUCAAGAAAGAGGACACCGAGAAGAAGAGGCCAGUGGAGGACAGUGACUGGAGGAAGAACGUGGAGGCCAUGUCAGGGAUGGAGGGAAGGAAGAAGAUGUUUGAUGCUGCUAAAGGUUCGGCCCAGUGAAGGCAGAAGGGCGGCUGGUGUCCUAUGUACAAACAGCACUCCUACACAUCUUCUCUUCAUCGUCCUUUGCAGCUUCAGUCUUUUUGUUUGGUGCUGUCACUCCUUGGUAUGCUCCUGGCAUGGAGGUGAGAAGACUCUCCUGAAGGGUUUUCUGGUCUUUUGAUUGCGUUUAUCUGAAUUAUUUGUAUUAUUCUCAUAACUGCUAUUGCAGACAUUUAGGCUUAUAUUUGUACAGAAUUUGUACAGCAAUGUCACAAGACCUAUCUACCCAUCUAAUCAAACGUGGAUAGUACUGUAUGUUAACCAUCAGGAUAUGAUAGCAAAUGACUUGGCAAAAAUUCAACUGCAUAUUUUAUACUGUUGCUUGGGGAUGAACUGUAACUACGUGCUGUGGAUUUGCGACCCGAAACAAAAUGUUGUACACUUUAUCAGCUGGAUUUACAUAUGAACUGACACAACAAUAAAAAAAAAUAUAUAUAUAUAUAUAUAUACAUUGAACUACUUGUGAUACUUUUUGUCAUCAAUUUGUGCUUAGUGAACAUUUACUGGAUUCAAUAAUGCCCUCUAUAUGUCUAAGAUGUUUAAAAUACUUUGCUUGAAAUUAUAAUUUGCGUUUUUCCACAAAAGGUUAAAGCAAAUAGUAGAAAUUGUAAAUUAAAUCUAGAGUAGAUCAUUGCUGAUACUAGAAAAUCCUGACUAUAAAUAUGCAAAUAAUUUCCGCGUCCAGUUAAACAGUGAAACACAAAAAUGUACCCUACUUCACUGAAAAAUCCAUUUUCAUUUUAUUUGCAUUUGCGGUUUUUGACCUUCAAAGUUCUAAAUUUCUUAAAGUCAAACUUAAAGUGGUCACAGAGAAAGUUUGGCCCUGAAAAUAGACUUGUAGUGUUUAAAUGUACAUCAUGCUGUGUGAAGGUAACAUCCAAGUGAAAUAACAAUAAGAAAAGCGCAUUUUUGAAUGGCAGCACACUUUAAGAAAAAAAAAACGUUAAUCUUUAAAAAAGGCCAGUCUUCUAGUUACAGCUGCCUUCCCUUUAUAGUACUACAGGCUUCAUGUGGUAGAUAUGAUAUAAAACAAACAUAUAGAUGAUACAUUUUUGCGGGUGAGAUAAUAACAAAUAGAUUCUUGUGGCAAAAGUAGCAACCACUGUUAAAAAUGAAUUUUACUUUUCUAUUUUAGGGGUCGAAGGUCAUUUUGUUGAGUCCCAACUGUAAAAGUCGCUCACUGAAAUCAUGCUCAGUCUCAUGUGUUUUUAACCAGAGACUGAAAUAUCCCAACAAGUACUGUUUUGAUUGACAUAAAUCUUGAAAAGAUGCAAAUUUUGAUGACCCUCAAAUUAUGUGGCUUUUAUUAAUUGGCUUUAAUUACAACUAUUUGACGAUGUAAUGAAACAAUUCAGUACACACUGGAUGGAUUUUUCUGAAAUUUAGUUUUUCUUCUUCACAGAAUGAAUGCAUUUUUUUUAAACUUAGACCAUUCUUAUCAUUAUUCUUGCCAGUACUUAGGAUUUUGACAAAAUCCUUGCAAAACUGAUGCAGCCUCAGCUGUAUAUUGUAUUUAAUGCUAAGAGGUAAUGGCUAACAUGUUAAUCUCCUUAAUUAUGUUCUGAUUGUAAACGGCUAACAGCUUGUUGGUAUUGUCAGUAUUAGCAAGGUGUCAUUUAGUGUCACUGCUUAGCUCAAAGCCCCACAACCUCACAGAGCUGCUAGCAUGACUCUAGACUGUUAUUAGAAGAACGUUAGAUGAACAUACAGACAGAAUAAACCUAUAAAUCCAAGAUAUCUUUCAACAAGAGGCACUUUUGCAGCAGAGUUGUAUUUAUCCCCUUGGAAGGUUUUACUCCCACUUAUUUGCUUUUCAACAUUGAAUUAUGGUUAAAAUAUAGAGCUUUUUGACAAGAAUUUACAAAAAAGAUUCCUUCAUGUCCAAGUCGCAACAGACUGACUGAAAAUAUAAAACAUAAAAUAAUUGUUUGCAGAAGUAUUCCCCACAGAGAAGCCACUAUUGAGUAGAUGCACCUUUUCCCGCAAUUAUAGCAAUGAGUGUGUGAAUAGAUCUCAAUCAGCCUUGCAGAUAUGGGCACUGCAGUGUUACCCAGCAUGCUUUGCUAUCCAUUCUGACCCUCAGUCCUCUGCACUGUUACAUCACAUAUGCUGUGGUGACUCCCUUGGGUGUAAACAAGCUUGAGCCACUGAGAGUGCAGAAACAGAGUACAGCUCAUGUCUCACUACAGACUGUGACAGUGAAAUAUUCUGAGAAAACAGUGUUUCAAUUACAGUAUAUACAUAGUGCAUGAAACAAUAAGCACUUUGUGAUGACAGUUGUAAUAUACAUGAUGUUAUCACACAUUGAACAUUACAUACCAUGUUGGUCGCUGACAGGUGUAAAUACAAUAAAGAAUAGAAUCACUCUAUAAAAAAAUCAAUAAAGAUCUUCAUUUGAAAACCAAUGCCAUAUCAUAUUUGUAAUAUCUUAGAGAAGUACAACUUACUGAGAAUUUGAGAAUUUUUCUAAAUUUUAAAUGUGCUUGUUUGAUCUACAAUGUCUUAAAUGGACUUGCCCCAACCCCCAUGUCUGAUUUUCUUCAAAGAAGGGCUCAUGGCGGUCUGAGGACCAGAGCCUCCUCUAGAUGGGACUGUGACGUCCCACACAGAAAAACAGCCUUUGGACAAAAUGCUCUUUCAGUGAAGGCCACUAAUAUCUGGAACAGUCUUCCACUCUCCAUAAGGGAGUGUCCCACGUUAGCAACUUUCAAAACUCACCUUAAACAGUGGCUGAAAGUGAACCAGUCUUGCGACCAAUGACCUUUAACUUCUUUGUUAUUUUUUGUUAUGUGCUUUUAUUGUGACCUAUUGUCCUAUGCUUCACAAUUAUGUCUUUUUUUUUUAUCUGCCUAGGGACUGUGGAUGAAAAUAAGCACUGUUGCUAUAAUGUGGCAUAUUUUUGUCUAUUGCUCUCUAAAUAGACGUUCAUUAAUGUGCACCGUCCCUAUCAAAAAAUAAAUGCCCAUAAAGUAAAACUGUGAUUUGGAACCCAGCUACAGUGUCUAGUCUGAAAGCUCAAUUUUGGUCUCAUCAAACUAAAAAAACAUCUUCCAGUUGACUUCACACUGUCUUCUGGUGAACUCUAAUCCAGCUUUAAUACAAGCUUUUUCCAACAGUGAUUGUCUUUCUGAUACUUUGGCUGGAGAAGAACAGACAACACUGGGUGUACACAAAGUCUCUCCCAUGUCAGUAACUUCACUCUUAGAGGAGUCAUAAGUGUCUUGGUGGCCUCAAUCACUAGUCUCUUUCUUGCACAGUCACUUACUUGUUGAGGACAGCUUGUGCUGGGCAAACGUACGUAUGUGACAUAUUACUUCCCCUUUUAAAUGAUGAAUUUAACUGGACUCCUGUGUUAAAUUAGCCGAGUCACUUCAACGGGGGUGAAUUCUAAUGCAGCAACUUAUUUUAUAUUUAUAAACAUGACAUUACUUCCCAGAAGCCAGUUUUCAACAUGACAUGAACAAAUCUAUUUUGUAAAUUCUUUUCAGAUAAGACAAAUUAUACUGACCAUGAUGUAAUGUUGAAAAUCUAUAAUAGUGGGGUGAAUUUAUAAAUACUGUAUGCUUGUAUGCCAGAUGUCCAGGACAGAAUCAUUUCCACAGCUGUAAAACAGUCCUCUUUGCUUACUGUCUGUUUUGCAUGCUUAUAAAGCACCCUCUGUGUGAAGGAAAAAUUACUCUCUUUUCCUUUAUUGAGGUAUUUCCUCGCAGCUGUUAGCUGAAGACAUCAUGCAGGUUGCAUCUGUCAACUGCAGUCACCUUGAAUGAAGUUGUAGAACCUAUAGAUCACCUCAAACUGUCCUGUAGGUUAUCACCUUUACCCUCUGUUCCUAUUUGCUUCUCCCAAACUGAAGCUGUGAGAACAUUCAGGCCCUCUCUGUCCCUAAUAUGACCCUGAGAAAGGCAGAUGCUGCAAAAGAAGCUACAUGAGAGAGAAACAACUGCUGUAGGAAAAACAUGACUUGGUUAAGAUUAGAUAUUGUUUAGUCUGACAUUACCGAGUAGAUAAGUUGUCUCCGUAUUUUGCUGUAAUCUACAUAUGGAAUUCCUCCCAACUCAAUAUAUACCCAAGGUUGAAGAGAAUCCUCAGAAUUGAUGCUGCCAGUGCUGACAUCACUGUGUUGCUGGUCAUGUCACUUCUCCUGAUAUCAGUAAACUUUAUUCUCAACAGAA